AUGACGUUAACCAACGGGCUUACCAAUGGGCUCACUAAUGGCCAUCAUGAGAAAGGGCUGGAUUUGACGGUACUAGGCCUGAACUCGGGGACAUCAAUGGAUGGUAUUGAUUGCGCACUAUGCCGGUUUAGACAAGAGUCACCCGAAUCGCCAAUGCAUUUUGAGCUUCUUGCAUACGACGAAGUGCCGCUCGAGCCUAAGAUUAAAAAGCGAGUGAUGGAGAUGAUCUUGCACAACAGAACCACGCCUGAGGAGCUCUCCGAGGUCAACGUCCUGCUGGGUGAGACUUUCGCUGCAGCCGUAAAAGAGUUCUCCGAAAAGCAGGGUGUCCCUCUCGACAAAAUCGAUGCUCUGGGAUCGCACGGCCAGACAAUCUGGCUGCUUAGCAUGCCAGAGCCUGGCCAAAUCAAAUCCGCCUUGACGAUGGCUGAAGGGUCAUUCCUUGCGUCCAGAACGGGAAUCACCUCAGUGACCGACUUCCGGGUUUCAGACCAGGCAGCCGGUCGACAAGGCGCGCCCUUGAUCGCAUUCUUUGACUCACUGGUCCUUCACCACCCUACCAAGCUCAGGGCUUGUCAGAAUAUUGGUGGCAUCGCCAACGUCUGCUUCAUCCCUCCGGACAAGGAUGGCAAACUGAACCCCGAGUUUUUCGAUUUCGACACUGGCCCGGGCAACGUCUUUAUCGAUGCAGCAGUCCGAUAUUUCACAAAUGGAGAACGUGAGUACGACAAGGAUGGCGCCAUGGGUGCUGCAGGAACAGUGGACCAGGAGAUGGUAGACGAGUUCCUGCAGACUUUCCCCUAUUUCAGCCUUGAACCACCCAAGACGACAGGCCGGGAGGUCUUCAGGGACACCAUUGCCCACAAGCUGAUAGAAAAGGGCCUGGCCAAGGGUCUCUCGCCAAACGAUAUCGUCGCGACUAUCACUCGCAUCACAGCCCAAGCCAUCGUCAACCAUUAUCACAGAUAUAUGCCGCAGGAAUACGGCCCUCUUGCAGAGAUCUUCAUGUGUGGCGGUGGAGCGAAGAACCCAAACAUCACCAGUUUCAUGCAAAAGGCUUUCCCUGAAACUAGAAUUGUGAUGCUAGACGAAGCUGGUAUCCCGGCGGACGCAAAGGAGGCCAUCACCUUCGCAUGGCAAGGGAUGGAGGCCAUCGUGGGACGCAGUAUCAAUGUACCGAGCAGGGUUGAGACGCAGAGACAGUACGUGCUCGGAAAGGUCAGUCCUGGUACCAAUUAUCGCAAGGUCAUGAAGCAUGGAAUGGAUUUCGGCGCUGGAAGGAUUCAUUUGGAACCCGUAACUGAUAUGGUGAAUUAUGUGGGCGGAAAAGUCUUCGACAACAAGUGGUGA